UUCACCUUGCUGGUGGGUCCCAGACCGCCGGGCUGCGCCCAUCUGCUCCCUUGGGUUGCCCCCUCCCCACCAUCAGGGCCACCCAGGCACCCCCGAGAUUCCUCUAGGCUCCCCUUGCUGCCUGGAAGGCAGACGGGACCUCCCUGCAUCCCUGUGACCUUCUGCCCACAGGUCCUGACCCCUGCCCCAUCCCAGCCCUCCAACAAGCCCACAGUGCCAGUGCCCACGUGCCGAGGGUGGGGACAGAGAGAGGACUGGCGGUGGACGGUCCAGGAGAGAUUGAGGGCUAGCUAGGAUCCAGCCCGGCAGGCUGUCAUUCCCCUCUGGCCCUAGCAGGUUCCAGCAGCUGGCUUGGUGCUCCUCUCAGCUGCCUGCCAUGGCCCGGGGGCUGCCCAGCGCCGCCAGCCUGGCACGCUUCUGCCAGAAGCUGAACCGCCUGAAGCCGCUGGAGGAGUCCAGCAUGGAGACGUCCCUGCGGCGCUGCCUGUCCACGCUGGACCUGACCCUGCUGGGCGUUGGGGGCAUGGUGGGCUCGGGCCUCUAUGUGCUCACAGGCACCGUGGCCAAGAGCAUGGCUGGCCCUGCCGUGCUCUUGUCCUUCGGCAUAGCCGCCGUGGCCUCCCUCCUGGCGGCCCUGUGCUAUGCAGAAUUUGGGGCGCGUGUGCCCCGCACGGGCUCUGCCUACCUGUUCACCUACGUGUCCAUGGGCGAGCUAUGGGCCUUCCUCAUCGGCUGGAACGUGCUCCUCGAAUACCUCAUUGGUGGUGCCGCUGUGGCCCGAGCCUGGAGCGGCUACCUGGAUUCCAUCUUCGGCCACAGCAUCCGCAACUUCACUCAGACCCACGUGGGUGUCUGGCAGGUGCCUCUCCUGGGCCACUACCCAGACUUCCUGGCCGCUGGCAUCCUCCUUCUGGCCUCUGCCUUUGUCUCCUGCGGAGCUCGAGUCUCCUCCUGGCUCAACCACACCUUCUCUAUCAUCAGCCUGCUCGUCAUCCUCUUCAUCAUCAUCCUGGGCUUCAUCCUGGCCCAACCCCACAACUGGAGCGCCCGUGAGGGGGGCUUUGCGCCCUUCGGCUUCUCCGGCGUCAUGGCCGGCACCGCCUCCUGCUUUUAUGCCUUUGUGGGCUUCGACGUCAUUGCCGCCUCCAGCGAGGAGGCUCAGAACCCAAGGCGGGCCGUGCCCGUGGCCAUUGCCAUCGCGCUUAGCCUGGCCGCAAGUGCCUACAUCCUCGUCUCCACGGUGCUGACCCUCAUGGUGCCCUGGUACAGCCUGGAGGCUGACUCGGCGCUCGCUGAUGCCUUCUACCGGCGGGGCUACAGCUGGGCUGGCUUCAUCGUGGCCACCGGCUCCAUCUGCGCCAUGAACACCGUGCUCCUCAGCAACCUCUUCUCCCUGCCACGCAUCAUCUAUGCCAUGGCUGUCGACGGGCUCUUCUUCCAGGUGUUUGCCCGGGUGCACCCCCGGACACAGGUGCCUGUGAUCGGCAUCCUGGUGUUCGGGAGCCUCAUGGCCCUCCUGGCAUUGCUGCUGGACCUCGAGGCGCUGGUCCAGUUCCUGUCCAUUGGCACGCUGCUUGCCUACACCUUCGUGGCCGCCAGCAUCAUUGUGCUGCGCUUCCAGAAGGCUUCUCCAUCCAGCUCCCCAGGCCCGGCCAGCCCUGCCCCCCUGUCCAAGGAGCACAGCUCCUUCUCAGACCACCUCCAGCUGGUGGGCACUGAGCAGGCAUCAGUCCCCGAGCCUGGGCAGCUGCGACCCGCCCUGAGGCGCUACCUGAGCUUCCUGAGUGGGGGCAGCCCUGGAGCAGCCGUGUCCUGGGCAAUCGGCAUCCUGGUGGUCUCAGCCAUCACCCUGGCCUGCGUGCUGAUUCUCGGGAACUCGGCCCUGCACCUCCCGCCGUGGGGCUAUAUCCUGCUGCUCCUGCUCAGCAGUGGCGUGUUCCUGCUCAGCCUCCUCAUCCUGGGGGCUCACCAGCAGCAGCACCAGCAGGACAUGUUUCAGAUCCCCAUGGUGCCCUUGACUCCAGCCCUCAGCAUCUUGCUCAACAUCUGCCUCAUGCUGAAGCUCAGCUACCUGACCUGGGUGCGCUUCUGCAUCUGGCUGCUAAUUGGACUCGCUGUGUAUUUUGGCUACGGCAUCCGGCACAGCAAGCAGAACCAGCAGGAGGCUCCGGGGCCGACCGCCACGCGAUACGUGGUGUUCCCCAGCAGCAGCCUGGAGGAGACGGUGCAGGCCGUGCAGCCCCCCAGCCAGGCACCAGCCCCGGCGCCCGCCCCCACGGAGUAGCUGGCCAGCCCUCACUUGCCCUGCCCUCCCCCACCUCCUCGGGAGCCCCAGGGAGCCAGGAGCCCCUUCUAUCCAGGGCAGCUUGGGUUUGCCUGCUCAGUCUGGGGGCCUCAGGACCUUAGGCCUUAGCUCAGGUGCUGAGCUCAGGUCAUCAGGAGGAGGAGCCUUGGCCCGCGCUGGUGCGGUGGACGCAGCCCGGUGCCUUCCUGCUUCUGACCGACUCCAGCUACCUGGGCAGGUGAGGUGGGGCAGGCGGGGAGGCCCCAGCCCCAGGCAUCCACAAUAAUAAUGGCUCAGCCAGCCGUGUGGCCUGCUGCCGU